GAUGAGUACAAAUAUGUGCGGAGGAUACAGACGAGCUCGGUGUAGGGACAAACCCAGUUGGAGGGAGAAAUUUAGCGCGUAAUGUUUUAUUACAGUGAUAGAAAACAGUGUGUAUACGUUGAUCUGCAUGAGGAAGUUAUUACCUAGCGGGACUGACCCAGAGACUGUUAAGAGAAGUGAGAGAGAAAGUGCUGAGCCGCAGUUCACACUCACACUGAGUGCUGUGAUCAGAAGCAUUAGGAUACAGACGCUUGGCAUCUUCCUCUUCACAUGGACGUGUGACUUCUUACCAUGCAACAACAUCAGGUACACUACAGUACUGGUCCAGGACCAGAGCCGUCCUUAUCCUGUUCAGUGUCGUCCUGUACAACAUAUCUACUGUAUCUCAUUCGUUCAUCUUAAGUAAACACUUUAUCCUGGUCCUGGUUUGAAUCUGGAGUCUAUCCAGGAUACUGAGCGUGACCAUGGGACUCCAGUUCAUCGCUCGGCAUCGUGUCCACAUAUACACACACUCAUUCACACCUGGCACAAUUUAUCGCUACGAAUCCACCCCCUGUUGUGUGUGUGUGGGGGGGGCGGUGUGAAAAACCCCCAGAGAACCUGGAGGAAACCUACAGGGAGAAUAUGCAAAACUCUGCACUGACAGUAACCUGAAGUCAGGAUAUGAAAUUAUUUGAACUUUUCGAAUCUUCCUACAGUUACAAGUCAACAAAAUAAAGCGUCACCCUCUCCAAUAACAGAAGACGAGAUUUUAACAGUUAUGAAAACAAAAGUUAAACAGUAAAAUGUCCAGGUAGUGAUGGAUUCACAAAUGGAUUUUUAUAAAGAAUUUAAUAAUUGGUUGCCGUCAAUAUUGUGUGAGGUUUUUAAUUGGAUUAUAGAUAAGGAUGAGUGGCUAUAGACGUGCAACUCAUCCAUUAUAACCGUAAUACCAAAAGGAAGGGAAAGACCCCAUACAAUGUUCAUCUUAUAGACCUAGAUCUUUGUUAAAUGUCGAUCAGAAGUUCUUCACUUCUGAUUAAUAAUCACUGCUAGACUUGCUGAUAUAAUACCAACAAUAAUUAAGACUCAGUCUUAUUGAUUAUGCAACUAAAACUAAGAAACAAAUGUUAAUUAAAACAUUAGAUGCUGAUGUUAAUUAAAAUGUUAAUUAAAAGAUUAGAUGCUGAAAAAGCAUUUGACAGGGUCUUAUGGCCCUUCAUUUUUGAAACUUGUGAAGCAUAUUGUUUUAAUCAAAGGUUAAUUAAAUUAGUUAAAAAAAAUAUACAAUCAACCAAAUGCAAGAGUAAGGACCAAUGGAGUUCUUUCAGAGAAAUUUGCAUUAAUGACAAGACAAGGAGGUCCCUUAUCACCUUCGAUUUGAACGAUGACAUAGAAGCAUGCUGGUCAAAAUCUGUUUAACAGCAGUAAAGCUCUUUAAAUAGCUAAAAACCUCUCCAGAAUUAAUGACUACAAGUCUGUUUCUGGUUUCAGGUCAUUCAGAUAAUCUUCAACCACAAAUAUCGCACAGAGAAAAAAAUUAAAGUAAAAAAAAACAAACAAACAAAAAAACAUGAAAUCCUCCAAUAUCUGGAAGUGCAUUGCACUGAAAAGAAAAUCCUGGUUGUAUGAACACUUGAAGAAGGUUUUGGUUUCCACCUCCAAAAUCCAGUACGCUAAUACGUAUUUUACAACUCCAAAUCCUUUUACAGACUUCUUCGUCCUCGCUGCCCACCCAGACACACACGUUUAUGAGGUACUGAAUAGUGCACAUUAGAAUAUUACUGGUCCUCCAUUUUGAUGUACUUGAUAGGAGAACCAUCGCAGUUAUAUCAUUUGGGCUGUUGAUUAAUCAUACACAGAGCCGCACAUUCUGUCAUGAGUACUAAUAGUGUAAUAAUGCACAUUAGUUUUAAUAAAGAGCAAUUAAUCAACAUAAAACAUGUAACUAAAUGAGAAUGAAAAAAAAAGGUUAAUUAUAAUUAAAUCUGCUUAUUAAUACAUGACACAAGUAAUGACUUAAAUACGUACAACUUAUUACUGAGGCUACAAUAAGUCAGUUAUAACAUGGCAAAAAAUAGCUCACAUCUUAGGUCAGUGUUAUUAGGGGCUAGUUUAUAACUCAGUAUAACUAAAUAUUACUGUGUUACACAUUAAAACGGUUUCAGCUAGUUUAUAUGUAAGCUUUUGGAUAAAAUCUUUUGACAUAGAAUAUGAUUUAAUUACGAUGGUGCAGCAUUUUGACUAUAUAUGUAUAUAUAUAAAAGAACAUCUUUAUUCGCUGCCAUGUUCUGUUAGAAUUCAUAUUAUUUAUGUGAAAAGACACGACUGUAUAGCUGACCAGUUAAUCAUGGUCAGCUACAAUUCUGAUUAUAGCCAUGAUGCAGAACAGUAGUGUCUUAAGGCGAGGGGUUCUCAAAAUGUUGUACAGCCACGGAGCCCUUUAAUUCUAAAAUAAAUUCCAUGGACCCAUCGAUAUCGAUUUAUUUACAUCCAACAAUCCAAUUUUUCCAACACAAAUCAAAUUAUUGAAGUAUGUACAAUAAUACAGAGUGUCCCAAACGUUUUCAAAUAUAGGGGACUGUGUUUGCCAGCAUCAUGUCGGUUGUGCCUUCGUCAGUGGAUGUUGGUGGACGUCCACUUCUUGGUCGGACUGCAACACUUCCAGUCUUUUGAAUUUGUUUAAUAAGUUUGGCAAUAGUGUCAUGUGUCAUGUGCUCACCACAUUUCCUGUAAAAGUCCAUCGCAAUGUUGUGACAGAUUCCUGAUCCAGCCAUGAGAAUGAUUUCAAUAUUAUAUUAUAAACUAAGUCAAUGGAAGACAUUUUGCUGAAAAAAAAAAAAUUGUUAAUUUCCCCUAUGUAUGGAGACUUUUGGGAAACCCUGUAUUUUGGCUUUUUAUAUAGGCUAUUUAUAGAAAGCUGUUUAUUCCUGCAGUUUCUACCAUCAGAAGACAUUAGUUCCAAGUUGGCAUUAUUUAUAGCCUUAUUUGUUUUUGAAUUAUGGAGCUUUGUAUUAAACCAGCACAAUUCCAAUUUCCACUCAAAUAGGCCAAUGAGUAUAAGAAUUCAGUGCUUAUAAUAUAUAAUAUAAUAGCUUUGAUAAUGGUGGUUGUGAUUUCUAUCACUGAAAAAUAAACAAACAUGGACACCUUAGUCAUGCUUCACAAACCAGAUUAUGUGAAGCACUGGUUUAAGGCACAUUAGCAAUGGCUAUUUUAGACACAAGCACCAGAGCAUAGCUUUCAAUUGACUAAAAAAGAAAGUGUACUCCCUUGAAAUGGAGACCGGUUCUAUACAACCUGGGACUUAAAUUGACUUAAUUGGAUUAUAUGUCAUAAAUCUGAUCAAAUCAUACUACUGCAUACAAAUUGCUUAAGUUUUCAUUUCCAGUUUUCAUUUCUGAAACCAUUAAAGUAGUUCUGGUGCAACCAUUUGUCAUUAAUAUUCACCUUAUCAGUUGAAUGGAGUCUACAUUUGUGCAAAAAAUAGAUAAUAGAUAUUUUUCAGUAUAAAUAUACCUGUCCCUGGAAAACCCCCGAGUUUGUUCGGGAACGUACCUAAACAAACAGAACAAGGAGUUGCAGUAUCAAGAAGUUCCUUACUUAUAAACCCAUACCACAGGGCACCAUUUAAUAAAUUAUUUAAACAUGGACAGACAAUUGUGAUUCUAGAGGUGGCAUCCAUUCAAAUUCAGUGAACGAGUAAGGAGGGUGUUGGUCACACAAGCAACUAAUAGGCCAAGGGUGACUCUGAAGGAGCUGUAACGCUGCAAAAUGUGCAAAAGUUCAAGGGGUGUGAAUACUUAUCUAGAGCACUGUAUCAGUAGGUUACGUAACUAGAAGAAAACAUUUCCAUCUCCCUGCGAAACGGUGGCAGAAUGGUGCAGGCUUAACAUGCCACACCAGGUUUGAGGCUUGUAUUUCAGGAUAUGGGAGUGUUCGGCUGAGUAAUCCGGCUCUGAGGAGGCUCUGUCACGUGACUUCCCCAGCAGCACAGAGUGAAUAGAUCAGCUGAGAGCAAGAACAGGAAAGUGAAACUUAAAGCUUGCUCUGCUUUUCUACACGCUCUGUGCAUCCUGCAUGCUAACAACUCUGAUAGUAUUUUUUAUAAUAUUCUAAUAUCUGACCUUUUGAAUGUAAAACAGCUAAAUCUAACAAAAAUGGCAUUUUUAAUUGACAUUUUUCCUCCCUGUUUCUCUGAAAAUGAAAGUUAAGGGCCGGCUGCAGUCGGACAUUGCUUUCUGUUUCCUUUUAUCAUGAAGCACAAGAAACUUCUUAUUGGCUGUCUGUGUGCAUGACUGUGUAUUUGGUUGCUGACAAAGGUGGAGUGCUAUAAAACAAACAACCGGCAUAUUUUAUCCUCAGUUCUUAGGCUUGGACUUGUUACAGUGACUGCUCUCCUAUGAUGAAAAAAUGGGUAAACUCAGUAAGAAAGUCGUACGGCUCCUAGAAGGUCACGCUGAAGGAAUCCCGCUCUCGAGGCUGGCUGUGUUCUACAAUCAGAAGUAUCGCCAUAACCUGACCGUGUCAGAAGUUGGCUUCGCCAACAUUUCCGAUUUCAUUGCCUCUUUGACUGAGCAUCUGGUGGUAAAGAAUGGGAUAGUUUUCCACAAGAAGCACAUACGCCACACCCAGGACACUGGAGAGGAGGUGGAAGUGGCUCAAAGCUGCCAAGAAGACAAGGACAGAACAUCACAGGAAGUGGUGGAACUAAUUCAGGAGCACCCACAAGGCAUCCCUCUCAAGAAACUAGCCGUGUUCUACGCUUUUCGCUACAAGCGAAACCUGACUGUUUCAAACCUAGGCUUUGAUUCAAUCGCCAGUUUCGUCGAGUCUCUGUCGAAGGAUUUGCUGGUGGAAAAUGAGAGCAUCUUCCACAAGUUGCACAGGCUUACUCCUGCGGCACCAGCACCAUUGAAUGAAACUCCUCCUGCAAUCAAGAACAGCUCUGGAAUAUGCUUUGGUGCUGCGUCAGUGCAAAACAAAGCACCAGUAAAGAGGCUCACUACACCUACGGCGAGCCCGCAGCGUGCUCCGGUCGCGCACCGGGUGGCUGAAGAUGUGGUACGUUCCAAGAGCGACUCUCCAGUGUGGCGGGUCACUGCUACUCCACCUCCUGCAGAUUCUAGUCUCACAACGUUGAUUGACUUCCCACCCCUCGGAACCAGACCCUCCCGAGCUGAGGAGAGGAAAGUAAGAGUUGGCCAAGAGGGAAGCAGCCUGGUGUUCCGUAAUGCCCACUAUGCCCAGCUGAGAGAGGUGCACGGAGCUAACAUUCGUGCAGCAGAGGCCUUAGAGGUGGCAAACGAGAAGAAAGAGACUGUGAAUAGGCGCAAGAACAAGCCGAGUCCAGACGACGUGAACAUCCUCGCUGAGGACACCAUCCGAGACAUCGCGUCUGAUGGGGAACACGUCACAAUAGAGAAGGUGAUAAACAAAGUGUGCAUGCUUUUGCAAGUGCCGUCCUUGAACGCAGUGGGAAUCAGAUCUAAUUGGCAGCUGCCUGCUAUAAGGGAACUCGAGCGCACCGUUAAAGAGAUCAACCUCUUCAUUCAGUCGAUAGAGGUGACCUGUUCCAUGUGCACUCUCUAUGAGCUGGGUCAGGGUAUUGCUGGCAUGAAGAACAAGAAGCGAUUUGAAGAGCUCCACCUAGGCCCGCUCUGUAAAAUCCCGCUUGUUCAUCGGCUGUUCACGAUAGACAGCAACACCAAAGAUGAUGAUAUACACCAGAUCGAGACUGUGGAUCUUCUUAGGAGUCUUCGUAACUUCAGGAAAAAGCACAGCAAGCAGAAGGUAGACCUUGCCGAGUUCAUGCAGUACCUUGCAGAUCAGUACAGCUGUGAAUCACCAUAUGCACUUGGAGUCCGGAUCCAGAGUGUUGGGCUGCCCAUUUCGACAUUGUCGAAGGCAUAUUCGUAUGAGAACGCUUGCUUGGAGAGAGCCAGAGAGGCCAUUCAGAAGGAGAUCGAGGAGGAGGUAGCGAGCAGGCUAUGGAAGAUUAAAAAGAGUUUACUGGAGCCGGCACAGGGAAUGCCAUGCUACUCGUCCUCUGGCAGCCUGGAGCUCAGGAAGAAAUAUGCGAGCUUGACCGCUGCCGAUGCCGUCCUUGAGAUCUUCACUAACUCCGAGGGCAUCUUUAAUGAAAGGAUGACCAAGCGAGUUAAGGACUUCCUCGUGUACGUAUCGGGAGACAGGCUGGCUCGGACCUUGUUUCAGCUGGCUAUCUGCGGCGGCUCCCUGGCCAUCCCGAAUGACCUAGCUCAGAAGGAGAAACCCCAGAAACACGUCAAGGAACAGAAAGCAUCUGAGAAGAAGGCAACCGAGAUGCCCCCCACCGAAGAUGCUGUGAAGCAGUACUUCCAGGUCUGUGUAUCCAGCUUCAUGGGUACGGUGACUCUGCCAUACCUCAGGCGACUGGAGAAGAAACUGGCAGAGCAUUUCAAGUUCAGGGAGUUUGGCCAGCUACAGCAGGGCUCCUUCAUUGAGUUCCUGGACAAAAACAUGCAGAUUCUACAGGAUGCUGCAGGGGGCACUAUAGCUAUUGGAAACCAUGAUGUUCGAGCGAACGGCUUCAGACCCAGCCAGCAAGAUGUGUAUGAGUUUAUUAAGCAAUGUGGAGAAGCAGAUCCUUCACGACUGCCAUUUAUCGAGGCUGCACUCAGGAGUCACUACAGGGUUCAGGACAGUCGAGAGCUGGGCUACGGAAAACUUCGCACACUGGUAGACUUCGCCAAGCGCCAGAAGGAGCUGUGUGACGGGGCCAGUUCCAGUGUUGUGCGCUAUGAAUGCCCUCUGCUUCAUAAAGAGCCAGAGGACAUGCUGGUGGAGACGGUGGGCUUGCUGGGGGACGUGAGCCGGGAGCAGGCGAUAGCGAGUCUCCUCUCUGCUCCACUGCUGGAGGACUUGGCUGAAUGGAGCCAGUGGGAGCUGGUCUUUCAGCUCAAUCAUGGACCACUCAAACACUUCAUUGACAAAUACUGCAGUAACACAGACCUGCUGGCUUUGGAGGUGUCUCCUGGAGAGCUGUUGAGGAUCACCUCGAUCACUGGUGAUAAAUUCUUCUCUGAAGCCACCCAGGCCCUUAACCCUGCAGGCACCGCCGGUCACCUGGUGUCCAUCGUGGUGGCUGAUGGGAUUUCAAACACCCCCACAGCAUUGCUGGCCAAUCACAUGGAGAGUUCACUAGCAGCAGCAGCCGCCAGAGAAGAUCCGUCCCUCGGCGAAGACGGAUGCUCCUUCAUCACCGUGGCCAAGUUCGUGCUCGAGUGUGUAACUCGGAUGCCUACACGAAUCUGCAGGGAGCUGCUGCAACAGGUGUUUCUGGAGCCGCUGUCUCGAGUGCUAGGCCAGGCCAGGUCUAAAACUGUCCUCCUGGACGCAGCCAAGUCGGAGACAAGGUACCUCAACAAGCUCCAUCAGCUGGGCAUCCUGCUGGGCAUCACUGAGUGGGUGAAGGACUUCCACACCAAACUCAUCUUACCCCCGACACCUGAGGUGCCCUCACAGAACCUGCCAGCUGACUCUAUGAGUGACGUGUCCUCUGUGUUGAGUCUGGCUGACGGUGAGGAUUUGUUGGAAGACUCUGUGCUCAGCUCUUUCUCCACUCCCAAAGCCUUUCAGCAGGAUAUUAACGGCAGCACCAGGGACGAUGCCGAGGAUGACGCAGAUGAUGAAGAUCUCUUUGAGCUGGCAUCAGAGAAGAACGGGGAGGUAAACAGCAGCGUUGACAGUAGAGAGGAGGAUGAGGUGGCCGAAGGUGUAGAAGAGCCUCCUGAAGCACAGUCGGACGGGGACGACCCUGUUAGUGAGCAGCUCAGCCAGCAGAGGGCCAUCGUCGAGGACAUCAGGAAAAAUGAGUUUGGUGUGGGAGUGGAACUGAAUGAAGCAGGUCAGAACCUGAUGAAGAAGCAACAGGCGAGGCUCGGCCGCAGUCUUGAACGCCUCUCCACUGAACUCUACAGCAAAGACACACACUUUGUUCUGGAGCUCAUUCAGAAUGCUGACGAUAACAGCUACGCACUAGAUAGAAAGGAGGAUCCCGCUUUGGCCUUCGUAGUGCAGAAAGACUGCAUCACCAUUUUAAACAACGAGUGCGGCUUCGAGGAGAAGAACAUGCGAGCUAUCUGUGACGUGGGGAAGAGCACUAAGGGAAGACAUACUUGUGGAUACAUAGGGCAGAAAGGCAUUGGCUUUAAAUCGGUUUUUAAAGUCACAGACUGUCCUGAGAUCCACUCCAACGACUUCCAUAUCAAAUUUGACAAGGCCAGCGGCCCCAUGGGAUACAUCCUGCCUCACUGGGUGGAGGAGGAGAGGCCCGUGCCCUCUGUUGCCAAGGAGAUAGCUGAGAAAAGCUGGACCACAAAGAUCUUCCUGCCUCUUCGAUCAGAGAGCUACCAGACCAAAAACCUUUUCCACGACGUGCACCCAUCUCUCCUGCUCUUCCUCCACCGUCUCCGCUCCAUCUCUAUCUACAGUGAGGCUGAGAAGAGAGUCGUGUCCAUGACGAGACGAGAUCUGAGUAACAACAUGCUGGAGGUGGAGCACACAGGUGGUGUGGAGCGCUGGCUGGUCAUCAAGAAAGUACUCUGUCCUAAGAUGAUUAAGGUGGAUGUGGAAUCUACAGAGCUAGCUCUUGCCUUCCAGCUCAGUAAUGGCUCGGAGGGUGACCUGAAGGUUCAGCCUCGGCAGCAGCCCGUCUUCGCCUUCCUGCCCCUGCGAAGCUUCGGCUUCCGCUUCAUCGUCCAAGGAGAUUUUGACAUUCCUUCUUCUAGAGAGGAUGUUGAUAGAGACAGUUCCUGGAAUCAGUGGCUCCGGUCUGAAAUCCCCCAACUCUUCCUGCAAGCCAUGGAUGUUUUCAGUAGUCACCCCGAGUUUAAUGGGCUGCAGGGACUCUGCCAAUUCUUGCAGUAUAUCCCCCAGCCUAGUGAAAUCCUGGACUUUUUCAACCCUGUGGCCAAACAGAUCAUCCAGCUGCUGAAGGGGAAACCCUGCCUUCCAGCCAAGAUGGACAGCAAGGGUAGAGUGGAGUUCAAGCUGCCUUCACAGGUGGCUGUGUGCCAGGACCCGCUGUUCCAGGACGUGAUCGGAGGAGAGGAGCUGUGUAGGCACCUGAACCUGUCAUACCUUCACCCUGCACUGCAGUCAUCACUGUCAUCUUCUCUUCUCACUGCUCUGGGUGUCCAGCGGCUGAAGGCUCCUAACAUCACCACCGUCAUCUGUGCAAUGGCCAAGAGUCUCGCACAAGAGGGUGAUAUUCACUCAGAUGCCAAUCUGAAAAAGCUGGCCAAGCUGCUGGCAUGUAAUUUCCGUGCUCUGGAAUCCGAAUACAACGAGGUGGAUAACCUCCUUCAGGCCCUCCGAGAUGUUCCCAUGAUCCCUCUGGCAGAUGGCCGUGUGGUGGCUCUCAGCACAGAGGGUGUUUUCUUUCCUCUCAGUGAGGAGACUCACAAAGGCCUGGAUGCUCUGUACAAGGACCUGAGCAUCGUGGAGCCGCGGCUGCUGGCGUGUCUGGAUAAGUUGGGUAACUCUCAGGUGCGCGAGCUGCUCUGUAGGCUGCAGGUUCAUGAGCUGGAGCCCAAAGUGGUGCUGCAGAAGCACAUCUACCCCAUACUGAAGAAUGCUGCUUGGAAGGAAAAGUCGAAGGACAUCACUGUCAGCUACCUGGUGUUUAUCAAAGAGCAUUCGCAGGAGCAAGACUACAGGGUGCUAAGGGAAGCUAUCCCCGUACUCACCAACAAGGGUUUCCUCUGCCCCGGACAGAGCAAAGUGCAGUUCUCUGAAGAUUACGGGAACAUCGACCUACCCAACAAACUGCCUGGUGUGGACUGGGUGCUGCUGGAUUCAUGCUACCUACGUGAUGGAGAUCUAUCAGGAUGGAGGGAUUUCUUAACUGACCUCGGAGUGAGGGAUCUUCUCAUUUUUAGGAAAGAGAAACGCACCCUAAGAGACACAGAGCUGGCAUCGAGCCCAUGGGCAGCGGAGGCAGAGCUGUGGCCCAAAACUGCAGAUCGACUGUAUGUCGUAGAGGAUCAGCAGUGUGAAGAGCUUUACUCACUCAUAACGGCAGAUCAGCUUCCCCAUAAUAUCCAACUGCAGCAAAGACGAGCUCUGAUCAACCUGCUGGAGAACAACUGGGACACGGGAGAGAAGUAUGCUCAGUACCUCAGUGCUCAAGUGCUGGACAGCCAGGGCGGCACCCUAAGAGAUGUCAAGUCCUCGUUUUACCACCACCUCACCCAGUUGGCAUGGGUGCCUGCCUGCAAGCCCACACAGGACGGGAGAGGCAUCAUAGAGAAUUUGAUUCCAAACAAGGUGUAUCUCUCUUCUGAGAAAGUGCACAGUCUCUUGGGCUCCCACGUCUAUUACGUCAAUCUGGAUCCCAGCGAAUUCUCCAGAGCUGUAGGGAUGAAACACACUGUUCAGGUGGAUGAGAUGGUCAACUACCUGAAGCGCUGGUGUACGAAGGAGUCUGACGGUAACGAGGUCGAAGGAGCCGAUUUCACCACCACCGUGCAGCACAUCCACUCUGUGUACCGCUACUUGCAAGCAGAGUGCUCCUUCGCACAGCUUCGAGAGCUCUUCCAGCACUCACCCGCUGUCUUCAUAGAGUAUGAAAGGAAGGACGAGUGGUCCUCAGGACGCUUCUACCAUCUCAAGGACGUGUGCUGGCGAGAUCCAACAGAUAUGUUUGUCAGAUACAAGGAGCUGAUCCGCAAGCCAGACAGCGGGGUCCAGGAACCUAAAGUACUGGCUCCAUUUUAUAGCAAAUUGCCGGAAAUGCAAGAACUGUUUAAGUCUUUGAAUGUGGAGCCGUGUCCGUCCAUGAAGCAGUAUGUGGACCUUUUGGAGGUUGUAUGUGAAUCAUCGACACCCACAGGAGAGGUGCUUCAGGAUAUCUCCAUCUUUUUUGCCAGACUGGCCGAAAAAUGUAAAAAACCUACGCACACGGAGCAAGAGCAAGGUAUCGAAUUGAACCAGCACUACUGCAAAACGCUGAAAGAUAUGGUGUCUUGUAUGAAGGUGUUUCCUACCAAGAAACAGGGUUGGGUCACACUGGCCCGGAAACCUAUGAUAGCAGACAACCCAAGCCUGGAGAAGAUCUUCAAAUCUUACACAGAAGUUUGCCUACUCAACCUGCCCUCGCCUCAGAAGAAAGCAGCCAGCAGACAAGCGAAACCAAAAGGCAAGCAACACGAGGAGAAGCUGGCCUUCAAUGAGAGAGACCGAGACCUGUUCCUGGAGAUCUGUGAUGUGAAGAAGCUGUCGCAGUGUGUCACCACCGAACCCCAGACGGAGAACUACAGGCCGUGUCCAGCUAUGCAGAACCUGGUGCGUGACCUCAUCCCGUACAUCCAGAGGUUCAUCUACCACCACGAUGAGCUCGGAGAAAUCUACGAAGACCUGAAAGAGAGUGGAAUUGCCCAGGAGAUCAAGUCACUGAGCUUCGGUCAGGUGGGAAAGCUGUACACUUAUUACCGUCUGGAAAGGCCAGAUGAGAUCCCCAUUGUAGAGAGCGAGGACAUCAUCUGUCUUCUGAAAGACCGGAAAGAGUUGUACAUUCAGAAAGACCAUCUGUCAUCCAAAAUGGCCAUCUGCAGAGAGCUGGUGAAACUGUUCACCACUGAGAAGAGCUUCGUGGAGGAACUGAAACACUUUCUCGAGGAACUUGUUAUCCGCAUCAAUGAUACGGAUUCUUUGAAAAAACUACUGGAUAGUAAAGACAUUCAGGAGCUUCCUCGGGAUGAAGAGCGAUGGGAGGUUCCGGCACCGCUGGAGACACCUGAACCCAAGAAGCUUUUUCCCAUCAGCUCAUCAGGAACUCUGAGUGCACAAGACAUGGAGAUGAACACAGAGGAGGACGAGGAGGAUAAGCUGCACUGCUGGCCUCCCAAAGCAUCGAUCAACAAAACAGGAAGCAGAAGCACAGGAAAACCAAGCCAGGCAGUGGAGGCGGUAAUGAAGAUGUGGCCUCCUCCAGCACCUCUAACCUCUUCAGCUCCUCCUGUUUCUCCUGCAUCGUCUGCUCACUGGGGCUCUGGAGCUGAAAGGAGCUCUUCCAGUACAAAUGCUCAGGAAAAUACAACAGAACUCAAGCAACACCGAGAGCCAGGUGCUCCAAGUAUUCAGGGAAUUCAGGGACCCAGGUCAAGUGGUAGCUUCCCACACGCAGAAGAACAAACUCCCAAAGCUGCUGUGCUGGUGGUCCACGGUGUUGAUGCUCCUAAUGAAGCCCAUGUUGGGUCCAGUGUGGCUCCUGGUGAGCAAGCUGAGGCCGGCGUAGACAAGCUAGAGAGCAACAGCACUCCAUCUACAGCAGGAGAACAACAACAACCCACACCGGGUUCAGAACAGGUUCAUAAGCCAGUCCAGCCUCCAGAAGUCAUCGCAAGCCAGUUCCAGGGAAGCGUUAUUCACCGUCCACCCAUACCGCUGGAGAACGCAGUAUGGACCAAACCGACAGUCGCAGAAGCAGUGCUGGAGGACCUUGCCCUAGACUUCAGUUUGCCCAACUCCCUGCUGGUAUUAAACGGUUAUGAGGACAACGAUGAUAUCGGGAGAUGGGGAGAGCAGCUGGUCCACUCGUUUCUCAACCGCUGGCGAGAAAGCGGAGAAGGACCACGAGAGAUCAGCUGGUCCAACGCCAACGGUGAGAGCGGCCAGCCGUACGAUUUCAAACUGAUCUUCCCAAGUGGCUGUAACACCACGCAAGAGGUGUUUGUGGAAGUCAAGACAACAGUCAAGCAGGAGAAGCACUUUAUUCACCUGUCGGCCAACGAGCUCAACUUUGCACUGAAGGAGAAGGAAAAGUAUCACAUAUACAGAGUGUACGGCGCCGGAGAUUCACGACUUACCCGUCUCUGUCGGAUCAAGAACCUUGCCCAGCAUCUGCAUUCCAAAGCACUGGAGUUGUUUUUAUUUGUGUAGAGUGAAAUUAUUCACACCUUUUGAUCAGUUUCAUUGUAAAAGCGUCGUUUUAUUUUGCACUAGUGGCUUUUUAUGCACUGUAAUGUCACGUUGGUCCACAAUAUACAUAGUUUUAAAAUGACUAUAAGAUCUUUUAGCUAUUUUAUACCUCUCUGUCUUGUGUUCUUGGAAAUGUAGUCCUUUAUAUGUUUUAUAAUUUAAAAUGAUAAAUUAAUACAAACGUUUUAUUUUUCAAGUUGUUAGUUAAUGUAUGUCAGUUUGUUCUUUAUUUAGAAAUAUUCAACCAGAAAUUAUACAUUCAUUCAUUAUUCAUUAAUCGUUAAUAUUUAUCCAUUAAUCAUUAUAAAGCCAGACUGUACUGACUGUUGUGAGUGUCUUAAUUAAAUUUUACACCAUAUUGGAACGUU